CUUUAACCGGAAGUUACGGUUUGAUGUAACCAGAAUAUCCAAGAUGGCGGCGCUGGUGGCACCACGUCUGGCUCUGUUUGGCUCCUUUUCAACGCGGCCAGUUUCCAUUUUUGCUUUACAGCAGAAAUGUCUCCACAGCAGUGCUAAAAGUGAAAGUACCACCGGCACAAGCGUGGUGCCAGUCAGAGAGAGAAGCACGGCCGUGGCAGCAGCCAAACCAGCAGCGGUGGCCAGCAGCAAGGGGGAGUAUGUGGUGGCCAAGCUGGAUGAUCUGGUCAACUGGGCUCGUAGGAGCUCUCUGUGGCCCAUGACCUUUGGCCUGGCGUGCUGCGCGGUGGAGAUGAUGCACAUGGCGGCCCCUCGUUACGACAUGGACCGCUUCGGGGUCGUGUUCAGAGCGAGUCCUCGGCAGGCGGAUGUCAUGAUUGUGGCAGGAACCCUGACCAAUAAGAUGGCACCGGCUCUGCGGAAGGUGUACGACCAGAUGCCUGAGCCCAGAUACGUCAUCUCCAUGGGAAGUUGUGCUAAUGGAGGAGGUUAUUACCACUACUCUUAUGCUGUAGUACGAGGCUGUGACCGCAUCGUGCCGGUGGACAUUUACGUUCCAGGUUGUCCUCCCACGGCGGAAGCUCUCCUCUACGGCACUUUACAGCUGCAGAAGAAAAUCAAGCGAGAGAAGAAGUUAAGGAUCUGGUACAGGAAGUGAAUGAGUGGUAUAUAUAUAUCUGUGUGUAAAUGUUCUAUUUCUGGUUUCAUUUAGACUCUGCAUCUUCUCCAUUUAGAGGUGCAGAGACUUCAAUAAAUGAAAUAUUGUAAUUUAUGCCAAUCUGCUUAUUAUGAGAAACGGCAGCGUCAGCUCAGUGUUACUGUUUCAAAAUACAUUGUAAUAACAAAUGGGUUUAAGCACCAUUUAUGACUACACUCUGUUGUAAACAAAACAGUUGGUAAACCACAGUCGGAAUAAAGGUUAUUUCCAAUAAAGUUUUCUUCAAAAAAAAAAAAA